UAAUGGAGUCGUCUUCGAAUUUAGAGAGAACUUCCUUGAUCUAGGAAUUCAGCCCUUGGAUUUUCCUGGUAUCGUAGCUUUGUUUGCCCUUCGUGGAAGAAGAAAUUGGAUUAUCCGUUCCUUUUUGAGAUUUCAUCAUCUAGACAAGUUCUCGAAUUUUACUUUGAAGUUGACUGACAAGCGAAACUCGGAAACUUCCCGGUGGUUAAUGCUUAUGAUUAUGCAGCCGAAAGUUGAAAGAAAAGAAGGAAAGACUUGGGUUAUUGGGUAGACCACAGAGAAAAGGAAAAGGGAAAAGGGAAAAGGGAAAAGUGCAGACAAUCCCAAGAAAAUUUUCAAAUCCUCUAAAAUCACAAUCAAAUGGGAAUUGGCAAAUGGGUUCAGUGUCCUCAGGGAAAGCUAAACAGGCUUUCACAAGGAAGCUUCUCCGAUGGAAGCGUAAUCUUCUUGUUUAUUAAUUCCUUCCCUUGCGACCCACACUCUCUAUAUGCUUUUUCUUCGACGACCUGAAACUUCCUUCAUUCUUGAGAGAGAGUAACUUCAAUGUCUGACAUUAAUUUGAAUGCGGAAUCGGUGGAGUCAACUCUGAACUCCGAUUCAUUAAUCAUUAAUCCGUCCAGAGAUGCUGCUAAUGGCAAUAAUAAGGGAGUUGAUGAUAUAGUAGAAGUAGGAGGUGACGGGAAUGGAAUUGAGAAUGAAAACGACACAGCGGUGACGACGGAGCAUUUUCCUGGAAGCAAUGGCAGGGGAGUGAGCAGGGAUUCUCAGGGGAAAUCACCGCAAGAGAAUCUCUCGUUUGAGAUUGAACAGACGAUUAGUGGCGGAGAGGUUCAGGGAAAUAUCAGGAGGAGGAGAGGACUUAGGUCUAGAAGCUCCCUUUACAGAGGAGUUACCUUCUACAGAAGAACUGGGAGAUGGGAAUCUCAUAUCUGGGAUGUUGGGAAACAAAUCUACCUGGGUGGAUAUGAUACUCCUCAUGCUGCAGCCAGAGCCUAUGAUAGAGCAGCUAUCAAAUUCAGGGGUGUUGAUGCUGACAUCAAUUUUAACGUAAGCGAUUAUGAGGAGGAUAUGAAGCAGAUGAAGAAUUUGACCAAGGAAGAAUUAGUACACGUACUUCGCAGACAAAGCACCGGUUUCUCAAGAGGGAGCUCGAAAUAUCGAGGGGUGACAUUGCACAAGUGUGGCAGAUGGGAAGCUAGAAUGGGCCAAUUCCUGGGCAAGAAGUAUCUUUAUCUUGGGUUGUUCGACAGUGAAGUAGAAGCUGCAAGGGCAUAUGACAGGGCAGCUAUUAAAUGUAAUGGAAGGGAAGCAGUGACCAACUUUGAUCCAAGUAACUAUGAAGGUGAAAUGUUUGAGGCCAAUAAUCAAGUUGAUCUUGAUCUGAACUUAAGUCCUCCUCUUGGCAAUGGCCACAGGGGAAGCGAAGAGCAUAUCCAGCUCCACUCAGCCUCUUACGUGCAAAACAGGGGUUCAGGGGAUCAAAGUGAGGAUAACAAUGAAAUCCAGUCUCGUCUUUCUUCCCCAGCACCUCAUUCACCCGAGACUGAUCAAUUCAGCUGCAUGGAUGUUGAACAUGGCAAUGGCAGUUGCAGGGCAUGCUGCAGAGCAGAGAGUUUGAAAAGAAAGGUUUUCGAGUGGAUGUUUGCUAUAGCCAACUUCAUUGUUGAGCUCUUGUCAAUAGUUUUUGAGCAGCUUUCCUCUCAGCAUUACUCUCUUUUUCUGCCAAUAUGCAUGGGGAUGUCUUUGCUAGCUCUGUUUAUUUGCACCUUCGAACUCGUGUAUAAGGCUCAGAAAGAACGAGCCACUUGGCAGUGGUGUGGCGCAAUACCUUGGUUUUAUUAUCCAUCUCAAAGUGGCAUUCGUCUUGGUUCUUUCAUAGACAUUGCUGGAUUGGCUUGUGCAUUUGGUCAAUGCAUUCUCACAAUAAUUGGUUAUUGUUUGUUUCUAAGGAAUGGUAGCAAUCCAAUCAAAAUAUCCAUUUGGGCUAGCGUCUUUGCCUCUUGUCAAUUGUGUUCCAAGUUCUGUGGAGAAUUCAAACAUGAUGUUCAUGGGCAAGUUCUUAAUCAAGUCCAAACAAGUGUAUAAUAUAAGAAUUCGUCAAGUUUUCAACUCAGGACUUUACCGUUCUUGGUAUGAUAUGUGAAUUGAUGUUGUAUACGGAAAUUAUAAUGAUUUUUUA